CAUUGUCCGCGGCCCAUCGCUUCCUUACCAGUUAGUUACUCCGGCUCCGGCUUACCGGGCGACGAGGACUCCGGCUGAUCGAUACCGUCCGCCGCUGAGCCGGUGGAGCAGGAGAUGGUAGAGUAUGAAGUUCGUGAGGCCUCUGUCUCGUGCGGCCUCCUCGGUCGCGUACUCCAGCCAAACUCGCAGCCUCGCGCAAAUCCUGCUCUCAUGCCUCGCCGACGACCGCCUCCGCCGCCUACUCCCGCCCGCCCAUGCCCGCGCCGUCGUCUCUGACGGUAUCAGCGACCUGUUCCUCACCAACCUGCUCCUACGUGGUUACUCCAAGCUCGGCCUCCUCCAUGACGCCCGUCGCCUGUUCGAUGGAAUGCCCCACCGGAACCUCGUCUCCUGGUCCUCGGCCAUCUCCAUGUACGCGCAACGCGGCGGCGACGACGAAGCCAUUAUCCUAUUUGCGGCGUUCCGGAAGGCCUCUGACGAGGUGCCCAAUGAGUUCUUGCUCGCCGGUGUCCUGCGGGCAUGCGCACAGUCCAGGGCAGUUCCUUUCGGUGCGCAGGUGCAUGGCAUUGCCGUGAAGCUUGGUCUGCCUGUUAAUGUCUACGUUGGCACUGCUCUGAUCAACCUGUAUGCAAAGGUUGGCUCCAUGGAUGCCGCAAUGGGGGUGUUUGAUGCCCUCCCUGCAAAGAACCCGGUUACUUGGACAGCGGUGAUCACGGGCCACUCUCAUAUUGGGCAGGGCGGAAUUGCCCUGGAGUUGUUUCAGAAGAUGGGGGUUGAGGGUGUCCAACCCGACAGGUUUGUGCUAGCAAGUGCUGUCAGUGCCUGCUCUGCGCUCGCUUUUCUAGAGGGAGGCAGGCAAAUACAUGGUUACGCAUACCGAACUGCAGCAGAAAUCGAUGCUUCAGUGAUCAAUGUGCUGAUAGAUCUGUAUUGCAAGUGCUCCAGACCGUCAGUGGCUCGGAGGCUUUUUGAUCGUGCGGAGAACCAUAAUCUUGUGUCUUGGACCACCAUGAUCGCUGGCUAUAUGCAGAAUUCAUUUGAUGCUGAAGCCAUGGCCAUGUUCUGGCAGAUGAGUCAGGCUGGCUGGCAGCCAGAUGUUUUUGCCUGUGCAAGUAUCUUGAACUCGUGUGGCUCAUUGGAAGCGAUAUGGCAAGGAAGGCAGAUACAUGCCCAUGCCAUAAAGGCUGACUUAGAGAGUGACGAAUACGUCAAGAAUGCUCUCAUUGAUAUGUAUGCUAAAUGUGGUCAUCUGACUGGAGCAAGAGCAGUAUUUGAUGCCUUGGCAGAAGAUGAUGUGAUUUCUUACAACGCGAUGAUUGAAGGAUAUGCAAGGCAAGGUGAUCUUACAGAAGCGGUUGAUAUAUUCUGUAAUAUGAGAUAUUGCUCCCUAAGGCCAAACCUAUUGACCUUUGUUUCACUCCUCGGGGUUUCAGCAUCUCAGUCAGCCAUUGAAUUGAGCAAGCAGAUUCAUGGUCUCAUCAUCAAAUCAGGAACCUCAUUAGACCUAUACGUGGGGAGUGCUCUAAUCGAUGUAUACUCUAAGUGUUCCCUUGUGGAUGAUGCCAGAGCUGUAUUCAGUUUGAUGCACAACAGGGACAUGGUCAUCUGGAAUGCUAUGAUUUUUUGCUAUGCGCAGAAUGAGCAAGGUGAAGAGGCUGCAAAACUCUUCAACCAGCUUCGUGUCUCUAGGAAAACACCUAAUGAGUAUACAUUUGUAGCACUAGUAACUGUGGCAAGUAACCUGGCAAGCAUGUUCCAUGGCCAGCAGUUUCAUGCCCAGAUCGUCAAAGCAGGUGUGGAUAUUAAGCCUCAUGUUUCAAAUGCCCUUAUAGACAUGUAUGCAAAGUGUGGGUUCAUCAAAGAAGGCUGGUUGUUGUUUGAGUCAACAUGUGCGAAGGAUGUCAUUUGUUGGAACUCCAUGAUUUCGACAUAUGCACAGCACGGUUAUGCUGCAGAAGCACUUCGAAUUUUCCAGCUGAUGAGAGAGGCUGGAGUAGAACCAAACUAUGUGACUUUUGUUGGUUUAUUAUCAGCAUGUGCUCACGCAGGCCUUGUCGAUGAAGGUUUACGCCAUUUCAACUCAAUGAAAAUGAAGUAUGGUAUUGAACCAGGCAUUGAGCAUUAUGCUUCUGUGGUCAAUCUUUUUGGUCGUUCAGGGAAACUGCAUGCUGCUAAGGAAUUUAUUGAAAGGAUGCCAAUCAAACCGGCAGCGGCUGUUUGGAGGAGCUUGCUGAGUGCUUGCCAUCUGUUUGGUAAUGUUGAAAUUGGGAAAUAUGCCGCAGAAAAGGCACUCUUGGUAGAUCCAUCAGACAGUGGCCCUUAUGUUUUACUGUCAAAUAUUUAUGCCUCUAAAGGACUGUGGGCUGAUGUGCAGAAGCUCAGACUGGGGAUGGAUGAUGCUGGCACAGUGAAGGAACCGGGUUAUAGUUGGAUUGAGGUGAUGAAGGAGGUCCAUACGUUCAUUGCAAGAGGGAGGGAGCACCCACAGGCAGAAUUGAUAUAUUCAGUACUGGAUGAGCUGACGAGUCUACUAAAAGAUUCUGGCUAUCUCCCUGAUAUUUCUGAACUUGCCUUGCUUGGUGAGGAUUGUUAAUGCUACUUGCUCAGUGGUCGGUAGUUACUUUCAGUGUAUAAACACAUGGCCUGAGUGGAGUAUUUUAAUUCAGUAUCAAAAUUAUUGAUUCUGGGAUGACGAGACAAUGAUACAGUAGUUGGAGAAUGUUGCUGUAACUUACAACUGCCCGAUCCAACAAUUCUGACUGGUCCCUACUUAUUGGCGAAGACAGGUGUUGAGGUGGAUGAUCAAAUCACAAGAGAAACAAUCCGAGUAUGCCUGAUCUGUAACUGCAUGAAACAGUUGUCUGUGACAUUGAAGCUUCACUGACGCAUACAUAGACAGUGGAGUGGGCUACUCUUGAGUUAAUCCAAGCGUCAAGUCAUUCAACAUCCAAAAAAUAUUCAGUAAGACCCCAGAAAUGCAGUGGUUGCUUCAUUGAAGGUACACAAUAUGGGUCAUCUGGAGUUUGAUUAGUGGAUGGUACAUCAAUUUGUGCAGGCUGACAUUCAAUGUUCUGUGGCACGUAGCUACUUCCUUUUUUCCUGUUAUUGUGGACUGGUAUGGAUUUCAAAUAUGCUCUAUGAAUUACCAUAUCUGCGAUUUUCUGAAAAAUUGUGACAUAUUGACUGAUGAACCAGGACAAGUGAAAGAACCUGGUGCUACACUGCUAGUAUGUCCCCACAACAAAGAAGUUUUGGAAGAAUUCCCCGACCGUCUAUGUGCUCCCAGCAGCAGGCGAAACUCCAGGACAGCGUCCCAGCAGCUCAAACUCCCGUUGUAGGGAAGAGGGAUGUCAAAGGAUUCUGGCUAACCUGUUUAUAUUCCAUUCGUCUUCUAGACUAUAUUUGGCCCUUGUGUUCAGCUCACACUUUGCAUAUUUCAACAUGAUCGAUGCUUAUAGACCUGUCUAUUUCAAUAUUACACUUCCUGCA